AUGUCCAAGUUAGCAGGUGCUCUCAUUUGUCUGUUGAUCGUGGCAAUGGAUGUCAUUGCCGGGGUUCUUGGCAUUGAAGCAAAAAUUGCACAAAGCAAAGUGAAGCACGUAAGGUUGUUUAUAUUUGAGUGUAAAGAACCAAGCAGCCAGGCUUUCAAGCUAGGUUUAGCUGCAGCAUCACUUUUGGGUCUAGCCCAUAUCAUAGCAAACUUGCUUGGUGGCUGCAAUUGCAUUUGCACUCGAGAAGAGUUUGGAAAGGCUUCCCCCCGCAGGCAACUCUCAGUGGCCUGCUACUUCUUCACUUGGAUCAUAUUAGCCGUGGGAUUGUCCAUGCUGGUGAUAGGGACUUUGUCAAACCACAAGUCAAGGGCUUCCUGCGGUUUCUCACACCAUCAUUUAUUGUCCAAUGGAGGGAUUUUGUGCUUUGUUCAUGGGCUGCUUUGUGUUGCAUAUUACGUUUCUACCAUUGCCAGCCAUGCAUAG